ACGUUCCAGUGUUCGAAGACAGAUGUGGAACGCAUGUUUCAGAUCUAUGGACGGUUGGCGGGCAUAUCAAUGCAUAAGGGCUAUGCAUUUGUACAGUUCACAAAUCCGUUUGAUGCACGCAACGCUUGCCAUGGCGAGGAUGGGCGCACGGUGCUGAGCCAAACGUUGGAUGUCAAUAUGGUUGCUGAGCCCAAGCCACAUCAGAUCGGUAGAAAGCGACAGAAUGUGUCCAAAACUGGAAAUGAUUG